AAGUCUUUCAAACCCGGACGAACCAUGGCUCCACCCGAAGUUUCGCUUGGUGGAUCCACGGCUUAUUUAGCCCACGAGAGUGUCAUCUCGCAACGCGUCGUGACUGGCACAGAUGGAGACGGGGAGGUUCGUAAAAAGGGCGCGCCGGAGCUAGUGAACACGGAUUUCACCGCGACGCGUCAAGAGUACCUCUUCAAGCCUCCGCGCUGGAUCGACACGUGGCUCGUGGCGCAGCUUAAUCACCCCAAGGACGCGCCGUUGGCUUAUGCUACCUUCAACAUCGUCUGCAUGAGCGUGCCGGCAGCUCUGGCGGUCGUUUUGAUAACCACGCCCGGGCUUGGCGGGGUGGGCGGGUGGAAGGGUAACCUGAUCGGAGCGACGUACGUGGUUCUGCAUUACGUGCUCUUCAUGCAACGAUACAUGCUCGCCCUGCACUUUUCCGAGCAUCUCAUGAUCUACAAGAAGACGUUCGCGGGGAAGCUUCUGUCGCACGUGCUGCCCACGUUCGUUUCGAUUUUGUUCGGCGUUGCGCCGGGCUUUUAUCGCCUGCACCACUGCAUCAUGCACCACGUUGAGAACAACCUGUACCCCAACGAUCUCUCGUCCACGGAGCCCUACCAGCGCGACAACUUCCUCCACUUCGUCGUGUACUGGCUGCGCUUCUGGCUGCUGUCGCCGUUCGAGAUGCCGCUGUACGCGUUCCGCACGCGGCGGUACGGCGCGUGCGUGAAGAGCGCCGUCUCCAUCUCCCUCUACUCCUCCCUUCUCCUGCUCUUCUUCGUCGCGCCUAUUGCCACGCUAUGGGUGGUGUUCGUGCCCUUCUGCCUGACGUCGUUCCUCAUCAUGUUCGGCAACUUCAGCCAGCACAUUUUCAUCGACCCCAACAACUCCCGCAGCAACUACGCCCUCACCUACAACUGCAUGAACGCGCCUGACAACCAGAAGACCUUCAACGACGGAUACCACAUUCUGCACCACGCCAACUCGCAGAUCCACUGGCUGGACCUGCCGCACCGCUUCAUGGAGACGCUGGACGUGCACGCGAGGGAGGACGCCAUCGUGUUCCGCGAGCUGCACUUCAUUGACGUGGGCAUCCUUGUCUUCACAGGCCAGCUCAAGAAACUCGCCACCUACUAUGUGAACAUCGGGCAGCCGCAGCGCACACAGGAGGAGCUGGUGGAGAUGUUCAAGGAGCGCCUCAAGCCCAUCAAGCCAGGCAGCGCCAGCAAGGGCAAGGCACAGUGA